AUGGCUGAUGUUGAGAUGCAAGACGCUAGUUCCGCGAAGGACAAGGUAGCCAAGACCUCCAAGUCUGGAGCCGGCGAGGCCUCGGAAGGGAAGAAGCGCUUCGAAGUUAAGAAAUGGAACGCCGUUGCGUUAUGGGCCUGGGACAUUGUGGUUGACAACUGCGCCAUUUGCCGGAAUCACAUUAUGGAUCUAUGUAUCGAAUGCCAGGCCAACCAGGGCUCGUCGACCACGGAGGAGUGCACUGUGGCAUGGGGAAUUUGUAACCAUGCGUUUCACUUUCACUGCAUUUCGAGAUGGCUAAAGACUCGACAAGUCUGUCCGUUGGAUAACAGGGACUGGGAGUUCCAAAAAUACGGACGGUAA